AAUCACGCCUCUAGGUUGACCCAAUUCCCAACAUUUCCAUCGAUCAAUUAGUGCUCUCCUAAAACUGGCGGUGUGCUGAUCCAUCGUCGUCCAUCAGUGCCAGACUUAGCUCAAUCAUUAAACGCUACUAUUGCAUCACGACGUCGACUCUGAAAAAACUGACAAAGUGCUGUUAAUACUACUACACUACUGCUGCAAAGGAGGGUUAAUUUGAUCUAAGAGCAGCAGCAGGAGGAAGAGGACGCAUCUCAAGCGGCAUGGCCUGCUUCCGCUGUGUCUUCAGCACCAGGUUUCCUCAAUCUCAUCGUUUAUUUCUACAUUUGGCUUCUCCUCUGCCUCGGGCGCCUGCGCCUACAGCAGCCGCCGCCGCACCCCAACCUCCCUUCUUCAUACGCCAGAUAAAUAUGCAAGCACAAAACGUUGCUGCUCGUCUUAGCAGCUCCGGGUUUCUUCACGCUCAGGGCCUUGUUGGGGGCAAGUGGACAGAUGCUUACGACGGCAAGACUAUUGAGGUACGCAACCCUGCUACUGGAGAAGUUAUUGCAAACGUUCCAUGUAUGGGUAGGAACGAGACGAAUGAUGCAAUCACUUCAGCAUAUGACGCAUUCAACUCUUGGAAGAAACUUACUGCUGCUGAUAGGAGCAAGCGAUUAAGGAAAUGGUAUGACUUGUUAAUGGCCCACAAGGAGGAGCUCGGUCAACUUAUAACACUGGAGCAGGGAAAACCUCUAAAGGAGGCAAUUGGUGAGGUGGGUUAUGGGGCGGGUUUCAUUGAAUUCUCUGCAGAAGAAGCUAAACGUGUGUAUGGUGAUAUCAUUCCCUCUCCAUUACCGGAUCGCCGGUUGUUUGUUUUAAAGCAGCCUGUAGGUGUUGUCGGUGCCAUUACACCCUGGAAUUUCCCCUUGGCCAUGAUCACUAGAAAAGUUGGUCCUGCCCUUGCCUGUGGCUGCACAGUGGUUAUCAAGCCUUCUGAACUCACACCUUUGACUGCUUUAGCGGCAGCUGAACUCUCCCUUCAAGCUGGAAUACCCCCGGGUGUGGUGAAUGUUGUUAUGGGAAAUGCUUCUGAGAUUGGAGAAGCUUUACUUUCCAGUCCCAAGGUGAGGAAGAUCACCUUCACGGGGUCAACUGCUGUUGGAAAGAAAUUGAUGGCAGGUUCUGCUGGGACUGUGAAAAAGGUAUCCCUUGAACUUGGAGGCAAUGCACCUUGCAUAGUCUUUGAUGAUGCAGAUCUUGAGGUGGCUCUUAAAGGGACUUUGGCGACUAAAUUCCGCAAUAGUGGGCAGACAUGUGUUUGUGCAAAUAGAAUACUUGUGCAGGAAGGAAUCUAUGACAAGUUUGCUGAUGCAUUUUCCACUGCUGUCCAAAACAUGAAAGUUGGAAAUGGUUUUGGUGAAGAUGUGGUGCAGGGUCCUCUAAUCAACGAAGCGGCGGUACAGAAGGUGGAAUCACUAAUUAAAGACGCUAUCUCAAAGGGAGCAAAAGUUAUUCUAGGAGGCAAAAGACACAGUCUUGGGAUGACUUUUUAUGAACCUACAGUGAUCAGUGAUGUCAAAAAUGAGAUGCUUAUAUCAAGGGAGGAAGUGUUUGGACCUGUUGCCCCACUUUUGAAGUUUAAAACUGAGGAGGAAGCUAUCCACAUGGCAAAUGAUACCAAUGCAGGUUUGGCUGCCUACUUAUUCACCACAAACGUUCAACGGUCUUGGCGGGUCGCUGAAGCUCUUGAGUACGGUAUAGUCGGAGUUAAUGAAGGGAUUGUUUCAACUGAGGUGGCACCAUUUGGAGGUGUAAAACAGUCGGGCGUUGGCCGAGAAGGUUCGAAGUAUGGAAUGGAUGAAUAUUUGGAGAUCAAAUAUGUAUGUUUGGGAAAUUUAAGCUGAGUGGAAACUGAGGUGGCUUGUAAAUGUUUUGAAGCAGCUCCUGUAAAGUCGGCACGCUCUGUUGCACACCCCAUGUUUGAAGUUCGCUCAGAGCUCUGUUGUGCACCCUAUGUUUGAAAUACACCCUCUGUUGCCUGUGUAGUAUGUUCUACAACCUGGAGGCAAUUUUUUUUUUUGUUCCUGCUGUUUUAUUCACCCUAGGCGCCCUAGGGCUUUUUUUUUUUUUAACAAAGAACGGGAUAAUAAGUUUAUUUUACUUGCCUAAA